UCCACCUUCACCUGUUGGGUCUCCAUGGACGGCGCUACUCGGUCCACCACAUCCAAAUGCUCCCCUUCCCCAUCAUUGCUUCACUAGACCAUGAAAUGAAAGCUCCACCCACUCGUCUCCACUUUGCAGCCAGUCUGCGACCAGGAGGUCCGUCAUAAGCAUUCGUCAAUAAAUCUGUAGCGAUUCAAGAGCAGCAGCCCCGUGCGCUUCCUUCACCGAAAGGAGUGAGCUUUGGUCGUGGAUGCCAUCCUAUCUCUGUCCUCAACCCUACUUGUGAAAAAGAUCAUCUUUGGCUGAUCUCGCGCCUGGUGAGUUGUAUUGGUAGUUCCUGGAUAAUUAAUGGGUAACUGCUGGGUCAGAGGGAAGACAUCCGUCUACGGAGUGUCAUCCAGUGCCAAGUCAGAAUGCCCAAGACUCCAGACACAUGUUGUGAGACAAGAGGAGAAGGAAGGUAGCAAAUUGCCUUCAAACCCUGAGGAAGUUGAGGAUUUGCGACGGGAUACAGCAGUAAAUCCCCUCAUAGCCUUCACUUUCAGUGAGCUGAAGCUAAUCACAGGGAAUUUUAGGCAGGAUCAUGUUUUGGGUGUUGGAGGAUUUGGUAGAGUUUACAAAGGUAUGAUCAGCGAAGAUCUCAGGGAUGGGCUGCAACCCCUUCAAGUAGCAGUGAAAGUCCAUGAUGGUGAUAACAGUCAUCAAGGUCAUAGGGAAUGGCUGGCUGAAGUUAUAUUCCUCGGGCAACUUUCUCAUCCAAAUUUGGUCAAGUUGAUUGGUUACUGCUGCGAAGAUGAGCAUCGAGUCCUAGUUUAUGAAUUCAUGGCUAGAGGCAGUGUGGAGUCCAAUCUCUUCUCAAGUAUUUCUUCAGGAGUACUGCUUCCCCUUCCUUGGUCUAUCAGAAUGAGAAUAGCAUUAGGUGCUGCAAAAGGGGUUGCUUUCCUUCAUGAAGCCAAGAAGCCAGUCAUUUACCGUGAUUUCAAGACAUCAAAUAUUUUGCUAGAUCAGAUAUGCAAACUGUGUUUGUCUACUGCAACCCUUGAAUGUGGUCCAUGGGAAGUUCAACCAAUGCAGUCCUACCUUUGCAUCCAGCAGCAUUUCACACAAGAAUACAAUGCAAAGCUUUCUGAUUUUGGCCUUGCAAAAGAUGGACCAGAGGGCGAUAAAUCUCAUGUCACUACCCGAAUAAUGGGCACUCACGGAUAUGCUGCACCUGAAUAUAUUAUGACAGGGCAUUUAACUGCCAUGAGCGAUGUCUACAGCUUCGGCAUCGUCCUUCUUGAGUUGCUCACUGGACGAAAAUCGCUGGACAAGUCUCGGCCGGUCCGCGAGCAGAUGCUUGCUGACUGGGUCGCUCCGUUACUUACCCAAAAGAAGAAAGUGCUCGGCAUGGUGGAUCCGAGACUGAGCGGAGACUACCCAGAUAAAGCAGUGCAAAAGAUAGCGAUGUUAGCUCACCACUGCCUCAACCGCAACCCAAAGGCGAGACCCUUCAUGAGAGACAUCCUCUCCUACCUGGAACCUCUACAGAUAGCUGAGGAUGUCCCGACCACAAUGACAAUCAUUAAUCCUUAGCUUCUUUUUUUUUCCCCUCCUUUUUACAAUGUAUAAAUUAAACAACUAGGUGGAUACUGAGUUAGGAUUUGAGGUUUUUGAACUGAAUUGUAGGUUGGGUGAGUGAACAUGAUAUAAAUUGCAAUAAUCAUUCGAAUAAAAAGAUAAAAUAACUUUGUACUUCA